CUGGCAACACUUGCUUCAUCAGUCAAAUCUCGCAAAAAAAAGACCCCAAAAUUAAAAAGCGAUUUCUAUAUUCCUGUGUUUUAAGGAAAAUAUGUACUCCGUUCACGUCUAACCUAAGGUCACCUUACGUAAGCUUGGCUUAGUUAACUUUAAAAAAUGGGCAAUCACGUAUCUGCUGAUGCCGGUGUCAACGUAAAGGCUCCAGUGAAUAACGCCAAUCCGCCACCAGAAUGUCCAAUGCACAAAAAAGAAGACAGCGCGCCCAAGGUUUCCGAAUGUCCAGUGCAGCAUGGGAAUGCCACCAAUGACAUAAACCCGUAUAACAUGAUGCCACCAGCAAAUCAACAACCAGCUCCCGACCAGCCUUUUCCUUUGCCUGUCCAACGCCAAGUUUCAUCUAUCCCUCGAGCCAUGCCCGAUGGCUCCACAGAGUUUUGGGUGUACCCGAGUCAACAGAUGUUCUGGAAUGCUAUGCUACGUAAGGGAUGGCGUUGGAAGGAUGAAGAUAUAAAGCCAAAGGAUAUGGAAGAUAUUAUUAAAAUUCACAAUGCUAAUAAUGAACAGGCUUGGCUAGAAGUGCUGAAAUGGGAGGCUCUCCAUGCUAAAGAGUGUGGUCACCCGAGGCUGAAGAGUUUUGGAGGAAAAGCCACUCAGUACAGCCCGAGGGCUAGAAUUCGCUCCUGGAUGGGUUACGAACUGCCUUUCGACCGUCACGACUGGAUCGUAGACCGUUGCGGUAAGGACGUCCGCUACAUCAUCGACUAUUACGAUGGCGGAGAGCUCGAUAACAAAUACCAGUUCGCCCUCCUCGACGUCAGGCCUGCACUAGACUCCGCCGAGAACGCGUGGGACAGAAUGAAAGUCAUGUACAUGAGAUACCGCUAUGAACUCCUCGGUGAUAAAGACUCUUCAACGAAACUAACCAAUUAGAAGCCAAAAUUUAAGAGUAUUACAACUAAAGCUUGGCAAAAAAGAGUCGAAAUGGAACUUAGUUUUUUUUAUCAUAACAACACUAAAAGUAUCAAAAUAUUUGCCACAUGCAAAACGGUUUACAUAGACGGACUAUUAUCUUCUACUAUUUUUUGCCAGGCUUUAAUUACAUAAUGUGUAAGGUUCUUAAUUUUGAUCAACUGUAUUAAAUUAACACAAAUGAUUAAAGUACUGAAUAACUGAUAGCAAUAACAAAAAUAAAAGGGAAAUUUAUUCAAAAACUAUUGAUGGUAAUAGUUGCAUUUGCCGGGCAAGAGUUCUCAAUGUCAAAUUAUGAUUUAGUUAUAGAAAAUUAGGAAUGCAAAAAUAGAAAUUAGAGUUGAUUAAAGUUGUGGAGUCUUUCUGUCGGCAAGUGUUGUCACUGCUAAAGCUCUUUGUGAUUUAGAGUUUUCUGUAUUUAUUGAUUAAUUUGAUCUGUAUUUAUAUAUUUUUAAACAUUUCAAUUAUGCUGACACUAAAAUAGGUCGUUUUCAAUAGUGGCGAAAUUGUUAAAACUGUUGUAACUGACUACAGAUAGGACUUGAUUAUUUUUUAUGUAUGUUGGCUACUCUGCCUAGUCACUUACAUUAAAGGACAUUUCAAUUAGGAUAGAAUAGAAUACAUGGUGUCCCUAAGACCAACGCCAAAAUGAAAAGGACAUCUCAUUACCUACUUGACUCUAAUGAAAAGUGAUGGUUUUUGAGAUAUUGGCCUUUUAAUAAAACUCGUGGUUAACAAAUCGUAAAGAAAAAAGUACCAAUAUCUCGAAAUCCAUGACAUUUUCAGUAAGGUCACAUUCGCUUAAUGAGAUGUCCUAUCACCCGUUUUCAUUUUGGCUUUGCUUUUAGGGACACCCGGUAUAAUAUCAUAUUAUCUUAUGUUUUUAUUAAUUCAUAAUUUUGAGUUAACAAAAAAAAAGUUCCCACCAACGAACUUCGAAGCCACUAAUAUCGAGACAAAUGAUAGUUAGGUACUUAAGAUUCAAAGCUGCUUUAGCUGAUAGCAGUAGAUAUCCUUUAUUUAUUAGUUAUUUACUAUUAAUGCUUCAAAUUAUAGUGCAUAAGUAACAUAAGUUGUUAAAUCGUGAAAUAAAAUUCUGACACAAAUUAAAA